CUCUCUCUCUCUCUCUCUCUCGUGAGCAUGGAAGUUGGAAGGAGAAGAAGACGGCUAAAAGUUCAAAACCCUAAAACGAAAAUGAAGAUCUUCUUGACAUUAAUGGUGCUAUUCAUUUCACUAAUUUCCGCACAUUCUUCUUCCUAUCCAUGUAACAACAGCACCGACCAAUUCCUUAUCUCCAAAGCCUUCAGCUCCGUCGCCGGUUUCAACCCCUCCUUUCUCCGACAACCAUCGCCGUCAAAUCUCACCUGCACAGAUCCUCCACCCAUCACAUCCCUUAAUCUCUCCUCCAAAAACUUAACCGGCCUUAUCUCAUGGAAAUUCCUCAGAAACCUUUCCCAUCUUCAAACCAUUGACCUCUCCAACAACUCCCUUAAAGGCUCUGUACCAGGUUGGUUCUGGACUCUUCCGACACUAAUCAAUGUUAAUCUUUCUAACAAUAGGUUCGGAGGGACCAUUCGUCUUCAACCCAUUUCAAAAAACUUUCCUCUUUUAUCAUCGAUUCAGACUUUAAAUCUGUCGUUUAACAGAUUCACCAAUUUAACAUCCCUCUCUGUUUUUCCAAACUUAACUCUUGUUGACUUGUCCAAUAAUGAUCUCAAACUAUUAUUACCUUUUGGGUUUUCCGGUUUGACCAAGCUACAACAUUUAGACGUUUCCGGUUGUAAUCUUUCAGGCAACAUCAAACCCAUUUCAGAUCUUCAAUCGCUUCAUUACUUGGAUUUGUCUGAUAACAAAAUGAAGGGCUAUUUUCCUUCUGAUUUCCCUCCAAUUUCUAGCAGCAUGAAGUUCUUGAACAUCUCGUUCAAUAAUUUCACUGGGGUUUUAAGUUCGUAUUUUCUGGGGAAAUUCGGCCGUUCUUCGUUCAUUCAAGCUGGAAAUCUUUCAAACCCACCAAAUCAAACUCCCGUUCUAAACGAGGAAGAACAGAAACCUCACUUACUGAAAAACUCGACUCACAAAACCCCUCAUUUUCAAAAAAGAAACACCAGAGAGCAAAAACCCAGAUCAAAGAUGAAGCAUUUUAUACUCAUGGCCGUAUUAAUCCCAGUCAUAACCGUGAUUGGUGUACUUUCUUGCGUUUUCUGCUGCAUUUACAAAAAGAGGGAUAAAGCGAGAAGGAGUAAGUUAUGGUCAAUCUCAAUCUCAGAGCAGCAACCAGUUCAAGUACCGUUCAAGAUUGAUAAAGCGGGGCCUUUUUCAUUCGAAACAGAAUCAGGAAUCUCUUGGGUGGCUGAAAUAAGGGAACCGUCUUCGGCGGCGGUGGUGAUGUUUGAGAAGCCGUUGAUGAGUUUGACUUUCAGAGAUUUGAUUGCAGCAACGGCGGGAUUUGGACGGGAAUCGUUGCUGUCGGAGGGAAGAUGUGGGCCCGUUUACCGGGCAGUGCUGCCCGGCGAUAUCCACGUGGCGAUUAAGGUUUUGAAACAAGCAAAAAGUGUUUGUUAUGAAGAGGCUGUGGCUAAGUUUGAAGGAUUGGCUAGGCUUAGACACCCAAAUCUAUUGCCCAUUUCUGGCUACUGCAUUGCAGGAAAGCAGAAGCUAGUGCUUUACGAAUUCAUGGCUAACGGGGAUCUUCGUAAUUGGCUUCAUGAGCUCCCCGUUGCUCCUCCCAUCAACAUUGACGAUUGGACUGCAGAUACUUGGGACAAUCCCCUAAACCUACCCUCCCCGGAAAAGACAGAUUGGCUCACCCGUCAUCGCAUCGCAGUCGGGUUAGCUCGUGGCUUAGCCUUCCUCCACCAUGCUGGUUCCCGACCUGUGAUCCAUGGACACUUGGUCCCUUCGAAUAUCCUUCUCGGCGACAACUUUGACCCUCGAAUAUCGGAUUUUGGGUUCAGCUCUGAAACCAAUGUGGGGUCGACUGAGGCUGAUGUGUUUAACUUUGGGGCGGUGUUGGUGGAGUUGGUGACGGGUAAGGAGGGAUCGGAUGAGACGGUUGGGUGGGUUAGGAGGAUGGUGAAGGAUGGAAGUGGGGUUAAGGCGAUUGAUCCGAGGUUGAUUAGACAAGGGGAGAAGUCUGAGGUUGGUAAGAUGGUUGAGUUUCUUCGAGUUGGGUAUUUGUGCACGGCGGAGACACCGGGUAAGAGGCCGACGAUGAAGCAAGUAGUGGGUAUGUUAAAAGAUGUGCAUCCCUUCACUGAGGAUCACAACUGAGUCAACUCUUUCUAACUCAGUUGUUUGACACAGUGACAUGGGAAAGGCGGGAAAGUUAGGGUUUGAAAAACUUUUGAAAAAAAACAGAUAUUAAAAAAGGGGAGUAUGUGGGCAUAAAAUCUCACUUAAGUAUUGUUUUGUCUCUUCUUAAGGAGUUUGUAUUCAUUUGAUUUCAAAGUUUUUUUUUUUG